CGUCAGCUGAUCGCUGAUCGCGCCGAAUAGAACAGUUUUCGGAGCAAUUCGGAGGAGUGACGUUUAAUUAAAGUAUUGUUUUUAAUAUUUUAAACAUAUUGAGUAACGCAACUGUGUCGUACGAGAACACUUCGGGAUGGAGCCGCAGGAUAUUUAUUACAACAAGGCUGAAUACGUUGAAACGGCCUCCGGAAAUAAAGUGAGCAGGCUGACGGUGUUGUGCGGCUCGCAAAACAUUGUGCUGCAUGGAAAGGUCAUAGUGCAAUCUGACGCUAUCAUUAGAGGCGAUUUGGCCAAUGUUAGGACGGGUCGCUAUUGUAUCAUCAGCAAGAAUGCCGUCAUUCGACCACCUUUCAAGAAAUUCAGCAGAGGGGUUGCCUUCUUUCCUCUAACGAUGGGAAAUCAUGUGUUUGUGGGAGAGCGGGCAGUCGUGAACGCAGCGUUGGUUGGUUCUUACGUUUAUAUUGGGAAGAAUGCCAUAAUUGGUAGGCGAUCUGUUCUGAAGGAUUGCUGCUACAUUGAGGAUGGAGCAGUCGUGCCACCAGAGACCAUCGUGCCGUCCUUCACUCGUUUCGCUGGCAGUCCGGCGACGUGUGUCGAAGAGCUGCCCGAGUGCACACUGGAUCUCAUGGUAGACUUUACGAAGAAUUAUUACGAGCAUUUCUUACCGGCGCGCGUUUAAUGUUUAUUCAUUUGUACAUGUAUGCUAAUAACUUAUAGUCAAGAGAAAAUUUAUUCUUUUUAAAUGCAUUAUAUAUUUGUGCUCUGCACUCAAGAUGAAAUAAAUAUAUAAUCAAGUAUCGCCUAUGCGUGACAGAAAGAGAUAAGAGAAGGUAAAGCAGCUACAACUGAAAAGAAUAGAUCUAAGAUCAGUCGUAUAGAUUUUUUAGAAUUAAUGUAUAGAUUUUGUUAUAUUUUUGAAUUAUAUAUAAGAAUGUUCGAAUCAAGAGUUUUGUUUGUAAUUUAAAAUCAAAUUUCUUGUACAUAAUUAUUCAUAUAUGUAUCGUAACCUUGAAGUCGCGGCUGAUUUUGACUGUAAAUCAGUGUAACUUGUAAGAUUAUUUAUUUAUUGUACUUUUGUAUUAUUGUACUAGGCAACUGAUUUCAAGAUUGUGUACGUAAUGUCAUAAAAGAAAGCUCGUAAGAUUUAUUAACCACAUGCAUUUAUUUUACGAGUAAUCUAUUUCACACAGUGUUUUGUACAUAAAAGGAGGUUGUUGAAACCUUAUUAAAGGAAUAGAAAUGAAUAUAUAUAUGUU